AUGAAUAACCCCUUUUUAGCAGAUGAGAAAAAGAUGACUGCCAAAGAUCGUUUUGAGAUUGUACAACUGAUUAAUGAGUGGAAUAGUACACGAUUGGAUCUGUUCAAAAUUAGUGAACCAAAUGAAGUAUUUGAUUUUUAUGGUGUUAUGCGUUUUUAUUUUCAAGACGCUGAAGAUAAAGUAACAACAAAAUGUGUUCGCGUAGCGAGUUCAGCGACUACCGCGGAUGUAAUCAAAGUUUUAAUUGAAAAAUUGCGUCCGGAUAUGAAAACAUUACCAAAUGAAAAAGAUUAUUGUAUUUAUGAAGUUCAUCCAAAUGGAGAGGAAAGAAAACUGGACGGCGAUGAGUGCCCAUUAUGGGUUCAGUUAAACUGGGGUAAAGAUCAACGUGAAGGACGUUUUGUAUUGCAGAAUGCAAAGAUUGGACAGAAAUCAAAAUCUGUUGGGGGAAGUUUUAAAGAACGAAGAAGUUCGAAACGUGAAUCGAAAAAGAAAAGCAAAACAAAAAAAAAUGGUAAUGAAGAACCUGCACCGGUCUCAUCCGUGGCUGAGUCAUUGUAUAAAUCUGUGCCAGAAACAAAUAAAUUUACACGUUCACUAUCCAAUCCAGAAAUGGUAAAAAAAAUUCAACAAGAUCGUUUAAAACAAAAAUUUUUGAAAAUAAGUACAAAAGAAGGAGGUGGAACAAUGAAAGUAUUUGGCGAUGCACUAAAUCCAUCAAUACCGUAUAAGACAUUUUUAUUAUCAAUUAAAGAUACAGCUGAAUGGCUUGUCAAAGAAAUGUUAGAAAAGUAUGGGAUGAGAAAUGAAGAUCCACAAAAUUAUUGUCUAUUACAGAUUAUUGUACCACCAAGAGAUCAAAUUGAUAAUAAAAUUGUUAAAGAAGUUAUUUUACACGAUAAAGAAUGUCCAUUGAAUAUAUGUUUAAAUCACGCACAAAAAUCAGAAGGUUCAAUAAUGUUCAAAGUUAUUAAAUGUCCACCAGAAUUUGUCAAUAUUCGAAAAAAAAUGCGCGCACAGGAAACAUUUGAUGCACAAUCAUCGUUAAAUGAUCGCACCAUUAAUGAUCAGUUACCAUUUUUUGUUGAAAUUAAUACCGACGGUACCGAUGUGAAUACACCACGUGUAUACAAAAUUGCACCUGAUACGACUUAUGUCGGUCGUGAUUCUAAAACAAACGUUGGUAAACAAUAUUUUUAUAUCGAUGGUGUGGGUAUUGAUCGCGAUCAUUGUACAAUUCAUAAUCAGAAUGGUGUUGUUACUGUGGCACCCAAGGGUGAAAUAUGGCUCAAUGGAAAAUUGAUUAAUCAACCAUUUGUAUUACAACACGGAUGUAUGAUUUGUUUUGGACGUGCAACAGCAUUUCGAUAUUUUGAUCCUGCUUUCGUUUAUAAAUCAAAUAUGAGAACUAUACCAAAUUUCCCACAACAACAACAACAACAACAACAACAACAACAACGAGAAUUUGUUGCUCCACAGCCAAUUGAAAAGAAUAUAAAUCAUCAUCCUCAUCAAUUUAUACAAACAAAACCAGCUGUACCUGAUUCAAUACACGUAGGUAUUCCUACACCGUUACAUGGAUCAAUGUCAGCAAUAUCAGCCUUAGUUCAGCAGCCGCAACAAGCACAAUCUCAACAGAUUUACAAUAUCAAAUCUCAACAUAUUCAAAAUCAAUAUCCGAAAGAUACUUUAGCAUUGAAAAAGAGUUCAGCUGAUAUAAUUCGCACAAAAGAAAUAAAGAAACCAUCGCAUAGUUCGACGACAAGUGCUGUUGAUGGAGGUCAUAUGAUUGAUGUUCUACCUGGUUUAUUAGAAGUUCCUAUCGAAACUGAAACACGUUUUCUUCAGUCAGUAUUCGAAAAUCAUAAUCUAUCGAAUAUUGGUUUUCGUUUAUCACCCGUUUAUUGUUUAUAUAUGUCAUUGAGACACCGUUUAUCACCAUAUGGUAGUAAAACAAAUAUACCAAUUAAUCAUAAACAAGACAGUAUUGUCUCAUUAUUGUAUAAGAUUGAAGAUAUGAUUAGUAAAAAAACUGAAGAUUGUCGAGAUCACGGUGGUUAUUUAGCCUAUUGGAUAGCAAAUACAUCUGAAUUAUUAAAUUUUAUUAAACAAGAUCGAGAUUUAUCGCGAUUAUCUAAUGAUGUACAAGAUCGUUUAGCCGAAUGUGUUCAACGUCUAUUUCGUCAUUUAACAACAUUAGUACAAAGUGAACUAGAAAAAUAUUUGUGUGCUUUUUCAAAUCCACAAGACGAUGUUGAAAGAGAUGUUUAUAUUGCAUUUGAAGAAAGUAGUGCAAACAAUCCAAAAUUAUCUGAUUCUCGCUGGAUGAAUCCAAUGAAUGAUAAUGGUGGACAUCCAUUAGCCACGUUAGGUGACAUUUUAGCUACAUUGUCAUCUGUAAUGAAUUUAUUGCGUAAAUGUCGUGUAAAUGCAGCGCUGACUAUUCAAAUGUUUUCACAAAUAUUUCAUUAUAUUAAUUCAUGGCUAUUUAAUCGAAUAGUGUGUUAUUCAGAAUUAAAAUUAUGUACACACUAUUGGGGUGAAAAGCUAUCAUCACGUUUGUCUCGUAUUAGUGAAUGGGCAUUGAGACAAGGUUUAGAAUUAGCGUCCGAUUGUCACUUGACAAAAGUAAAUCAAAUAUGUCAGUUAUUACAAAAUCCAAAACGUGAUCAAAAUGAUGCAAGUUUAUUGGCAAAUGCAUCAUUAAAAUUAAAUUCAAAACAAAUUAAACAAGUUUUGGAUAAUUAUAUCCCGAAUAGAAAUGAACCACAAGUGUCUCCAACUUUUAGUCAAGCAGUUUUAUCUGCUGCACGCAAAUUUGUCGACGAUAAUUUGUGUAAAGAAGGUGUACCACUUCAACUGCAUGAAGAUCGGGAACUGAAUUUACCAUUUUUAUUACCUGAGGAUGGCUAUACUUGCGAUACGGUUCGUUCGAUUCCUCAGCCGUUAUUUGAAUUUAUCGAACCAAUGAGUAGAACCGGCAUAUGUCGACUGUUUACAAAUCCACAUAGUCUCGGUUUAUGGACUGAAUUCAUGAAACCACCAUCAGUUCAUAAUGGUGAUGAACCAUUAUCUCAUGCACAUCAUCAUGGAACAAUGAACGGUAAUGGUCAAAUGCAACAUGACAACAAUAAUAUUCAAACAAUAAUCAUGAAUAAGAAAAAUAAUAGUCUGGGCUUGAGUAUUGUUGCUGCCAAAGGUGAAAAUCAACAAUUUCAAGGAAUUUAUGUUAAAGCUGUUGUACCCGGUGGUGCUGCUGAAGACAAUGGCCGUUUGCAAGCUGGUGAUCAAAUUAUACAAGUUGAUAAUGUCAUUCUUAUUGAUAUUACUCAAGAUCAAGCUGCUGAUGCUUUAAAACAAUGUGGCCCUAUUGUUACGUUAAAAAUAUUGAAAGAUGCUGCAUAUCAUCAAGGUUUAUCAGCUUUAUUAGCAAAAUCGGCAUCCGAUAGUCAUCAAUCAGGUACACGAUUUCCAACGUCAGCUACGCUGCCGCACCAACAUGUUCCUCUAUCAGUUGCCCCAUCAAUUCUAAAAGGAGCAUCAAGUCAUGAACGAUUACUUGUUCAUAACAAUAAUCAUUAUCCUCAACAAUUUGCAACACUAGCUCACCCACAUCAUCAUACGACAAAUAACUCACAACCUACUGCUCGUCCAGCAUCGACAACCGCCUUACUUAAUCAAAUGCCAAACUCUUCGUCAACUGUUUAUCGUCAACAACAGCAACAACAACAAUCUGUUCGCCCACAACAAAAUAAUUCGUAUGAAUAUGUUUACAAUGCUAAAAGCUUAAGUCAUCCGUCGUCACAGCAACAGGAGCAAAAUAAUCAUCAACGUUCAAUUCAAUCUGCUCAUUCCGUUCAGGAAUUAGUAGACGAAGAUGAAAACGAAGAUAACAUUAUAAAUCACCAACAUCAUUCAAAUCCAAAUUUAGAUAUACAAUAUACAACAUUAUUUAAUAGAAAUCAAACAUUUGAUAUACCGAAAUCGGAACAGCAAAUAGAAGGAGAUGAAGAGGAAAGUGAUGAAGAUGAUCAGCCCAUGAUAGGAGCAUUUAUUCGUUCGGCAAAUGAACGACAAUCCUUUGGCGAAAAUUCAAAAGAAACAUUUAAUAAUCAUCGAUAUCCUUUGCGUCCAUAUGAAGAUUACGAUGGAGAUGACAACUAUAAUAACCCAACUCAUCAAUCUUUACAUGUAAAUGUACACCAUAUGGCAAAACCAAAUCAUUACACACAAGACACUAGCCAACAACAAUACCAACAGCAAAUUUCUCCACUCAUGAAUGGAAUUCAUCACACAAAAAUGAUCCCAGUUGUAAAUCAAAAUAGUAAUGAAAUGAUGGAUCGAUAUAAUACAUCAGC